AUGGUGCUCAUGAGGAGCUAUUUCUUUUGCGCUUCAGUGCGUUUGGGUGUUCUGAUUAUAUGUUUUUUUGCUAUGUGCAAGAGCGUCAUCCUUAUGUAUGUUAUCUUUGACAAUGGCACGGCUUUUAUAUUUUCCGUGAUUCGGAUUUUUGAAAAUGAUUCACAUUAUCGUACGAGUUUUAUUGUACAGGAAUCCAUAAAUUGGGUGGAGAAAUAUCCCCGGGAAAUUAUGAUGUUUGCACAGCUCUACAGCUUUUGCCAUAUAUUGUCCUGCAUUCUGGGCGCCUUCGGUGCUUAUAGGCUCAAAAAGUAUCAUGUUUUGCCUCUGGUUAUCUUUGAAUUCUUUUACACCAUACAAAUAGUUGUGGUAGCGGUGAUUUCCCUGCGCAUUGCGCGGCAUGUAGUGCCCUUAACUACAUUAAUUUUAUUAACACUGAUGCUCACAUUCUAUGCAAUGCUUGUGGCCUAUGAUACUUUGGCCUUGAUUUCGUUUAUAGAGAUUAUGGUUGUGGUGCAUAGCGAAAAAUAUCAACGACUUUAUGGCACAGAUCCACUAAAUCCCAUUGUAUACAGAGAGCAAUUAACUGACAAAUCUACGUUAGAAAAUCCCCCGCCACAGCCACCGAUUAUUAUCUAUGUAGUGCCCAAAGUUGGUCAAAAAUUGUGGCACUUACAGCCACAGAAAUGGUGGAAGGAUGACAAAGCUCAUUUAAUGGAUUCGGAUUUUGAUUCUUCGCAGCAUUUUCACAGACAGGAACUUGUCUCAAAUGUUUUGCUACGUAAUGCGGCCAAUGUUGAAGGAUUUUUGUAUGGAGAAAAUGAACUAGUGACUUCCAGCACUUUUCAUCGCUUUGGUAAAGAUUCUUAG